GGCCGGAAGUGAGAGCGGGCUGGGGGCGGGUCUUCCGGGAGCGGGCGCGUGGGACAGGAAGGUGACCGCUCGCGGCACCUGCUCCCUGCUGCCCCAGAAAUGUCUUCGCUGUCCGAAUACGCCUUGCGCAUGAGCCGGCUGAGUGCCCGGCUGUUCGGUGAGGUCGCCAGGCCCACGGACACCAAGUCCAUGAAGGUAGUGAAGCUGUUCAGUGAGCAGCCCUUGGCCAAGAGGAAGGAGACUUACGACUGGUACCCCAAUCACAACACGUACUUUGCCCUCAUGGGCACACUGCGCUUUUUGGGCCUCUACAGAGACGAGCACCAGGACUUUAACGAUGAGCAGCUGCGCCUAAAGAAGCUUCGUGGAAAGGGGAAACCAAAGAAAGGAGAAGGGAAAAGAGCCACCAAAAAGAAGUAGAGCUGGAACCGUUGCAAGAGAAGAGCUCGUCGUUGGCAUCUGAGGGAAGGCAGCGCCUUCCCGGUCUCUCCCGGAUCGGAGGCCCUGUCACCUCCUUGUUGGUGGCCAGUCUGGCCGAACUGUGACUGGUUUCUUGGAUGCAUCGAAUCCCACAGGAUUAUUGGGGUCUCUGUUUUGUCAUUAGAAGUUGUUCUCGGUGUCUAAAAAACAGCGCGUCAAUCACUGUUGAAUGAUUUCUUGGGGACAAGGCAGGAUGUCGGGGGCGGAAGGAGGGGACACUCGUUAAAUGAGCUUCCCGGAGUCCCCUCGAACUCCGUUCUUGCCUCCCAUUCCCCAGCCCCAGACGCUUUCAUCUCACUCGCCAACCACUGUCUCCACCACCAAGCUCACAAACUUUUAAGUGCCUCUCCACCUACUCCUCCGACAGGUACUAAUCAGAUCUGUAGGAUGAAAGGCUGGGCCUGGUGACAGGGACCUGCCGUGUGAUGGGCCCUGGCCCUGGUGAUAGCUGUGGUUAGCAAGAGCAACAUUC